UAAGUGGUGAUGACGUGAUGUAAUAACACAACAUUUAAAUUAUUUAUAUGAGUACGUAUGUACUGUCGAAUUAAAAUCUGUUCGCUCAUUAUGUCUAAUUAGAGGAAAGACGCAAAUAAAUUACAAGAUGCGUUACCUAUUCGCAUUUGAAGAAAUAAGAGCGCAAAAUGGCUACUACGGCCCUUAUUACCAACAAAAUAAACCAAACGAGAAUUAUCGGCCUCCUGAACCAGGUGACCGAGAUUAUCGAACAUUUGUUUAUAAAGGCCGAAGGUAUGGGCAAUAUCAACCGAACAAUUUCGACUGGCAAGGCGCACCGGGUGAUCCCCAAAGAGUAGGUCAAGAUGCUAGGUUUCGAUAUGAUCCAGUAGGAAAUGCCGAACCCAUUUUACCCGGAAUUCUGGGAGGUUGGAGAGAAGAUUUACAAGGUAAACGUAGACCGGAUACCAUCUAUAAGGACAUGAAUGUUUUUGUGAAGACCAAACACGGAGAAGUGCAAGGAUUUAAAGUGUUUCUGUAUGAUACCCCUGAUCCGGAUUCACUAUAUAGGCCUGGAUCGGAAUCUAUCGAGAGGGAGCAAGGGUAUACUGUUUCUUUCUUGGGAAUUCCAUAUGCGUUACCACCAGUAGAUGAAGGGCGCUUUAAGCCACCUAGAUGGCAUAAGGGUUGGCAGUUAAUGCAGGCUACAGACUUCGGUCCAGCUUGUCCUCAGCCUGUUCGCUAUGUUGGUGCAUCAAAGGGGGUGAGGGAUAUGGACGAAGAUUGCCUAUACCUCAACAUAUUCACACCAUCUAUAGGUGGGGUAUCUCUAAAUUUUCCAGUGAUGGUUUAUAUACAUGGAGGAGAUUUUAUGCAUGGAGCAUCAAAUACUUUCCCUGGCCAUAUAAUGGUUACAUUCUUCAAGGUUGUGGUGGUAACCAUAAAUUAUCGUUUAGGAGCUCUUGGUUUUUUGAGCACUGGCGAUAUAAAUUCUCCUGGUAACUACGGAAUUCUAGAUCAAUCAAUGGCUUUACGUUGGGUAUAUGAAAAUAUUGAAUUUUUUAAUGGUGACAAAAAUUCUAUAACAUUAUUUGGACCUGGGGCCGGUGCAGCAUCUGCUGGACUUUUAAUGGUUGCACCUGACACCAAACAUAUAAUAAACAAAGUUAUUGCGCAGAGUGGGUCAGCAGUGGCAGAUUGGGCAUUUAUAGUGGACAAAUAUAGAGCUCAAAAUACAAGUAGAGUUUUUGGUCAGCUUUUAGGAUGCAGCAUUGACUCUUCUUGGAAAUUAAUAAAUUGCCUUAAGCAGGGCCGUAGUGCUUUAGAAUUGGGGAACGCCGAAUUUCCUCCUGAAAUCGGAUUGUUCCCCUGGGGUCCUGUCGCCGAGAUGAACGUUACAAUGCCAUACUACGAAGGGUGGUACGAAAAAGAUUGGCAUUUUAUAGAUGACACUCCUGAGAAUUUAAUCAAGUCUAGAAGAUUCAAUCCUGAUCUCAAAUACAUGUCUAGUGUAACAAUAAAGGAAGCAUCUGAUUUUAUUUACAAAAAUGAGAGCCUGGCACCGUUUUUUGAGAUAGGCCAGCAAUUUGUUGACCAAAAGAUUCGCGAAUUUGUUUUGCGAUUUAAUUAUACGCUAAAUCCAAAUGGAACAUAUGACGCUAUUAAAUAUAUGUAUACAUAUUGGCCCGAUCCCAAUAAUCGCACAUUUAUUCGUGAACAAUAUAUUAAUAUGCUGUCUGACUUCCUGUAUGUUGCACCGAACGACAAAAUGAUAAAACUGCUUGUGGAAAGAAAUGUUCCUGUAUAUAUGUAUCUAUUGAACACUACCGUGGAAUCAUUUAAUUAUCCAGAAUGGCGUAAGGUGCCCCACGACAUAGAACACUAUUUAUUGUGCGGCGCGCCCUUUAUGGACGUCGAAUUCUUCUCAGAAAAGGAACACUUCACGAGAAAUCAAUGGACUAAUAACGACAGAAAUAUGAGUUACUUUUUUAUGAGGGCUUAUACAGACUUCGCGAGACAUGGCAAUCCUUCACACACGCAAAUAUUGGGUAUUCACUUUGAGAGUGCAACGAACGGUCAGUUGAAAUACCUUAAUCUGAAUACUACAUUUAAUUCUUCCAUAAUGUGGAACUAUCGUCAAACAGAAUCAGCUUUUUGGACGCAAUAUUUACCUAAGGUUGUAGGACAUCUGGUGCCUACGUAUCCUCCUACAACCGAGUUUUGGUGGGAACCACGAGCUCCUUUACAAAUAGCAUUUUGGAGCAUGUCAGCAGUGUGUCUUAUUUUAGUAGUUCUGUUGGUGAUGUGUUGCAUGUUGUGGAGAAAUGCCAAAAGGUGUAAUUCAAAAUUUGAAAACUACAUUAUUUACAUUAUCUUUGACAGGCAGUCCGAUCGAUACUAUAAUGGCGACUUAUUCUUAGGAAAUGAAGUUGAUCACGAUGUAGGGAUUGAAAAUGCAAGAAGUCAGGAUAUUUACGAAUACACGGACAAGCCAAAAACACCUGCAUUUAGUGAAUCUGUACAUGCCGUUAGUAGUCCCUCUAUUCGCACCGAAAGCGCAGUUUCCUUGAAAGAUAUGGGAGAUUCGCGAAAACCCACUCCUGUUACGCCGAGUUUGAAAUAUUCUAGAAGUAAGACGCAAUUGAUUGAAGGAGUCCCUCAAACUGAUGUUUGAUACACGAGAAAGACUAUUUUGCUCAGUGUAUUGUUCACAUCGUUAUUGUGCAAAGCCAAAGAGUGAACUUAGGCAGAUGACUAAAAACUAAGAAACAUUUGAAGAAAAGUGUAAGGUGCAUAAUGAACUGUUUAGAGAACUUUUAAAUAAAUGCUAUACAUAUAUCAAAUACAA